AUGUCUGAUAUUGACAAACGGAAAAAGCUGAUGCCACAUAUCACGACAUACAAUUCAGAUGAUUCGAUGGAUGCGGAUGAGUUUUCCAGUUCUCAAGAACAAGGAACUACAGAACCUGGUGCAGGCAAUGAAGAUGAUGAUGAUGAUGACGACCGACCGUUGGUGAGUUAUCACAUUUCGAUUAAAUUUUACGUUCUCUGUUUUACCCGGACAAAAAUCGAACUAUCUCCAAGGUUUCCGUUGGUUUUCCAUCAGCUAAUUCUUAUUGAGUUUCAGUUUGAACAACCAUUAGGCACGCACUGA